CACGCAGAGCACGUGGCUCAUCUUCUCUUUCUCUUUCUACUUCGCCGACGCCCUCGACAUCAGCGACGCCUCACCACCGCCCGGGCCUAUCUACUGGCGCGAAAGGUACUCCCCAUACCUGGUUCCUGUGUGGACUAUCGAGUGAGCAGAUAAUAAUUUACUGAUGUGUUCUGAGCUAGGGAUGGACUCCUCAUCCACCGCCGUCGACAUGAGCGACGCCGCCGCCACGGCUGCCAUCUCGAGGACCGCCGCCUAUCGGGUCACCUCGUCUCUCCGUACCCAGGACGCGGUCGACGCCCUGCGCGCAAAGCACGGCGUGCCGACGGCCUACACCGCGCGCCCCGCCGGCGACCGGCGCGCCUGCAUGCCGCCGCCAGAGCGGGCCGUGUGCCUGUACGCGCACGCGUUGGAGGCCGGGGUGCGCUUCCCGCUGCACAGCUUCUUCUCCGAGGUGCUCACCCACUUCUGCCUCGCGCCGGGCCAGCUCACGCCCAGCGGGUGGCGCAUCCUCGUCGGCUUCGUGGUGCUCUGCCACGACGCCGGCGUGCAGCAAUCGGCGGGCGUGUUCUGCUACUUCUUCUCGCCGGUCGCAUUCAAGCUCAAGUGUUGGUACGGCUUCCAAGCAAAGAACGACGACCGCAAGCUCUUUGUAGAGGAAAGCGACCAGAAGCUCUUCACUGGGCUUUCGGCAUCGGACGAGGCGUGGAAGGGCAGGUUCUUCUUCCUGACAUCGCCGGAGCCAUGGCCGUGCCCCGUGCGUUGGGGCGAGCCGCCGUCGAAGUACAAGUACUCCCCCGUAUGCGUCGAUGAUCCAGUGCUCACAAGCCAGCAAAAGAAGGCGGUGGCAAAGCUACUGGACGCACACCGCAGUGACCGCACCGCGGUUAAUCUCCGGAUUUACCUCUCUGAUACCAAACUUUCAGCAGCUUUCUCUUCCAACCUCGCCUCACCACCACCACCCGGGCCUGCCCUUCGUUCUACUGGUGCCAAAGAGAUGGAUUCAUCAGCGGCGAAGGUGAAAACUGAGCCGGACGGCGACACACCGACGGUAUCCCUGAAGAAAAGGAAACACGAGGAGGCCGCAAUUGCAAAAGACAGCCUUUGCCGUUCUGAGCAGAGCACGCAGCAUGCUGCCCAUGGCUGCUCGGCCUCCGCGUCCGGCUUGGAUGCCCCGCCAGGAUUCAGCCCGGAGGCACGGCACUCGCCCGUGCCCGCCACACACGACGGCGACAGCGCCGACUGGGAGGCCUCGAGGAAGAUGCUGGAGCGCAUCACCACGCCGUCGUGGGAGAGUGAGUUCGCCGCGGCAAAGCCGUCCGAUGUCGUCGCGUCGAGCUACUCAGCAAUGAUCCGGGUAUGCUGCGACCAGAUCGUUCAUUGACAGUUGCAUGUGAUUUAUCCGGUCACAUUGUGUUUUAUGCGCAGGCCGCGAACUGCGCGUCGUUCUCCUUCGGCUACGCACUGGAGCUGGAGAAGAAGCUGGCGGCGAGGGACGAAGAUAAUGCCGCUCUGCGGGUGCAGCUCGUAGAGCUGGAGAAGAAGCUGGCGACGCGGGACAAGGAGAAUGCGGCUCUGCAGGUGCAGCUGGAGAGCGCUAAGGCCAAGCUUACCGCGGUGAAGCGCACAGUGGAGGCGGAGGUGAAUGCCAAGACGACGACGGUGUAGCAGUUCCUGCGGUCCGAGAAGCAUACGCCGAGGACAUGAAGCCGCUCUCAGGAUAUACCCGCGCUUACUUUAGCUUGUGUCUACGGUUUAGUUUGUUCUUUUGUGCGUGCAAGUUCAGAAGUACUCCGACUCUCUGAACUGACUUGUUUUCACGGAUUCAACGGACUGGGAAUAGGUGGCAGUUUUUUAUUGGAAAUUAGGAGUGAGGCGGGGCCAUCCCCAUGAAAAUCAGGGGGGAGAAGAUUAAUUAGUGUUGAGAUAACUGUGAGUUGCCUGUAUUCCUCCGUGCGUCUCAGAUUAUCGCUCUGAACUAGUACUAUGCUACUUUUUUUUUUGGAACAAGUACUAUGCUACUUUGGUUCUGUAA